AUGCUUUCCGCGGGGGGCUCUUUCGGGGAGUUGGCUGUGCAGUGCCUCAUCCUUAUCUUGGCCAUGGCAAUGGGCCUCGCGCUGUACCGCCUACCGCUCGCCGGACUCGCCGGCAUCCGCCGGCGGCGCCGCGCCGCGGCCGAAGCUCGCCAGUACUUCAUCCAUGGCGCCCAGCUCCUUGCUCGCGCCCGCUCCGCCCCGCCGGGGUCCUCCGCCGCCCUCUCCCACGCCCGCUCCGCCCUCGAGGAGGCCGACCGCGCCGUCGCCGCCGACCCCCGCGACGCCGCCGCCCACAUCCUCCGAUCCGCCGCGCUGGAGCUCCAGGGCCGCCGCGCGCCCGCCAUUCGCGCGCUCGACGCGGCGCUGUCCCCGCCGGCGGCGCGCUCGCUUGCCUCGUCGGAGCGCGCCGACGCGCUGACCCAGCGGGCUGGUCUGCGGCUUGCCGUCGCAGAGGGGACGGGGAGGCGGAGGGAGAGGACCCUCGACGCGGCGGUGGAGGACCUCACGGAGGCGGUGAGGGAGAGCCCAAAGAACGUGAGGGCCCUGUCCCUUCUGGGGCAGUGCUACCAGGAGAAGGGCAUGACGCAGGAAGCCAGACGUGCUUACGAGUCCGCACUCGCCGAGGACGACUCUCUCGUCAAUAUUCGGGAGGCGCUCCGCCGGCUGCCGAUCGAGCCCUGGUGA